AGAGUCCCUCUGCUUUCUGUUCCACUCUAUUUUCUGCUUUCUCACGCAAAACAACCGAUUCCACGGGUUUUUAAGAAAUAUGGGCCAUGUCAAUAGGGGUGGGUCGAGGCUUUAGAGAAGGAAGAGGAAGAAACUCUCUUCAGCAAGUCACAGUGGGAGAGAGCGGCUUCACGCGCACUGUGCGUGUGACGGCUCUUAAAUCUCUAAUUAAUUUCUUUUAGGGGAUGAAUUUGCCAGAUCAAAUCAGGCAUGAACUAGCUGAGCUGUUUUUUGUGUGUUUGCUCAAGGAGGUGAAGCCUGUGAGGGCCAUGCCAUAUACACCAGCUGCAGUUUAGAGGAGGACUUUCAUUUCAGCUUCUGGAGGAGUGGAGGAAGGUUCCCAUAUCUGCUGGAUGACUGAGGGACACAGCAGCGGACGCUGACAUGGACUGCGAGGAGGUCAAAGGUGAAAGCCCGGCGGACGAGCAGUUGGAGCCCCUGCUUAUUUUGGAGGAGGGGGACGAGCCGGAGGAGUUCACAAACAAGACGGCCAGAGGGAAAGGAACACUGAGGGUGAAGAACGCAGAGGAACACGAGGAUGAAGUCGCUGGUGCUAAAGUGGGAGAAGGUGAGCAUGAGGACAUAGAGGUCAACGAGGAGAUUGUGGUGAAGCUGGAAGAUCAGGAAAAUAAGGAGGCACUACUGGAAAACCAAGCCAAAGCCGAAGUGGCUGAACAAGUGGCGGGAAAAGAGGAACGCUUGUUGGAAGGGACACUGGAGGCUGCUGAGGAGGUCAACGUCCAAGCUGGAGGGGGACUGGUGAAUGUGGACAAGGCUGAAGAGGGAGAAAUGGAGGAGCAACACGAGAAGACCACUACUACUGACGUAGUUGCAGCAGAGAAGCUUCAAGUUAGUCCAGAGAUCCAAUCACAGGCUAAGUUACGGCCCAAAGACCUCCUGAGGCCUGAAGAUGCUCUGCAAAAGGUCCACCGGCUGUCCCAUGAUUUCCCCGAUACUCUGUACGAGCUGCUGUGUACCCUGCAGGAGGGCCGGCGGCUCAACGACCAGCGCUGCUCCUUCAGACUGGAGGGGCGGAGGAGGUGUUACUCGGAGCCCAGCACCCCCCGACACAGUCAGAAAGUGAUGUUCUCGUCCAUGACCUCGCUGCAGAAGGAGGAGUUUUUUGACCUUGUGGCCACCUCCCAGGGUCGUCGACUGGAUGACCAGCGAGCAGACUUCCAGAGCCUGUCCCCAGCCCCCUCGUCCCCAGAGCCCCUGAAACCAUCUUCCUCCAGCAAUUUCACUGCCCCCUCUGCUGCCUCUUCUGCUGCCGCCUCUGCUGCCUCUUCUGCUGCCGCCUCUGCUGCCUCCACAGCUGCCCCCUCUGCUGCCACUAUGGCCAAAUUCAAGCUCAGGAAAGGCAGCUGCAAGGGCCCGGAGUCCAGCCAGACUGUUCCCAGACCAGUACCCAAAGAGGAUCUGUACAACAUGAUCCUCACCUCACAGGCUCAGGGUCGUCUGGAGGAGCAGCGCAGUGUGGCCCCGGGCCCUAUGGAUGAUGAAGAUUUCUUCUCCUUGUUGCUGAAGGUUCAGGGGGGGCGUAUGGACGAGCAGAGGACGGAGAUGCCUGUAGCACUUAAGUAUUGAGAGCGGCGGUGGCUAACACUGUUCAGUAGGACACAGGGGUUUUGUUUCAGCUCUACGUGUCCAAGAAAUGUGGCCUUUGUUACCUUUUUAGGUCUAUUUUUGUAUUUGUAGUACCGUAACUGUGGCUGGGGCUCGUCUGCAGAAGUACGAUAUACUGACAUGCCAAAAAUCAUGGGACAGGAAUUAGUAUCAUGUUUUAUUGAAGCUUAAGCUUAAGCCACACUGACUGACCUGCUGGAUACAGUAUGUGUGUGGGACAAUUCGGACAAUUCUAGCCAGAAGAAGCCGCUCACGAUUAUUAGGAACCACUGCCCUGUCCACUGUGAGGGGUAAUAUUGGCUUUCUAUGACAUAUUGUUACACCUUAGACCAUGUUUGUCGUUUUAUUCCUUCUUUUCUUGUCCUUUUCUGUUCCUGUCUUGUGCUUUUGCUUGUCUUCCCUAGUCUUAUUAGUGUUCCCACCUGUGUCUAAUUUGUAACCCAGCCUCCUCAUUAACUACCCCACGUGUUCCUUGUCUGUGUGUAUUAGGGAUGCAAUGGUUCUCUGUUUUUUAUCGAACCGUUCGGUUCGGCCUGUUCGGUUCGAUGUAUGUUGAAGCUAGAUAAUAUAAAUAUAUAUAAAAACCGAACCGAAACCGUGGCCCAAGAACCACAAUAUUUUCAUAUUUCAUGUUUUCCUUUGUUAUUUGUUGCCCCUUUUUGACCAGCUUGGAACCGACACCAUUCUGGUUCGCGAACCUACUUUUAAACUGGUUCGUGUGUUUCCACCAAGUAAAGUAGGUUCCGAAACCAGGAACCGUGACCACUUCUGUUGACCGCCUCUGUGCAGUGCUAUCUUUUGAUGAUAUAUGAUGUGGGGUUUUGACGGUUCCACUACAAAUGUGUCUCAUUUGUAACCCAGUCUCUUUGUUAUCUUCCCCAGGUGUUCCUUGUCUGUGUCUGUGUUUUUAUACCUCAUGUUUUCCUUUGUUCUCUGUUGCCCCUUUUCCACCAACGUUCUGGUUCAUAAACCUAAUUUUGAACCGGUUUGCUGCGUUUCAAUCAAAAAACUAGGUUCCAAAACCAGGAGCAUUUGUUCUUUCAGUGGAAAAGCUCUAUGUCUUGCUUUUUGACUUUUUGCUAUAUUUCUGUUUUUUUCUGUUAUCUGUACCGUAUCUGUUUUGUUUUAUGUAUUUAUUAGUCUAUAGUUUUGUCUACCUAGUCCUAACUAUGUUUUGUUUCUUUGUUUUUAGCAUGGCUGCUAAUAAAACCAACUUGCAUGUGCAUCCUGCCUCCAACUCUGGAACGUUACACAUAUUAUUGCCAGUAAACAUGUAACACUGUGUGCUGAGAAAUGUUAAAUGCCUGCAAAAAGGCCUUGCUUGCGGAUAAUCAAUGUACUUAUUACUGUCCCAUGACUUUUUCCUUUUUUGCAUGUCAGUGUUAAUUAAUAUUGAUGGUUCUUUGCCUGUAACUUUUUUGUAUAUUGCACCGUAAAUUUCCAAGGAACCUUUUUUUAAGACUGUAUAGAACCUUUUUUUUUUGCUGAAAGUGUUGAAGAUAGACAGAGACACAGUAAACUAGAUGAAGCUGAAGUUUUUUUUUUUGUUAAUUUCUUUCUGUGCUCAUCGUCCCAAGGUCUUAAAAUAUUGAAGAUCUAUUUAAGUAGAAGGUCAUUUUUAGUGCAAAUAUGAGCAUUUUAACACAAGUGGUACGCAUGCUAUUCUUUUCUGUACAAAAAAAUGUUAUUUCAUUAUAUGGUACAUUGCUUUUGUCAUGUGUCAUCAUCUAUUCUGUUUCAUUCUUUUCAGCAACGUUUUUCUAUAUACUUUUUUUUUACUUUUAUUUGAAAACAACAGAAAAAUCUAGAGGUCAAAGGCCAAAUCCAAAAGUCUCCUAAGACACCCAGUAUCAUGUGCAUCCAUUCUUCUUCAGUUGUUUUUAAUCAGUGGGAACUGUAGCUGAUAAAGGUGUUUUUGGGCUGUAGUCACAUUUUUACAUAGUUGUGUGGCAAUUUACACCGCAAAACUAUACGAUAUAUAAAAAAAUUAUCAACACCUUCCAAAAGCUUAUUUUUAAAAUUUUUUCUUAAGUCACACUCUUAAAAAGAGCCAUUAUCCUAAAGGGGUGUAAUCAAACGAUCGGAUCAACUGGUGUAGAUGAUUUUACCACAGGUGGCAAUGCAGCACCUUAAGUAAAAGAUUUAGGCAAAAAAGUCCAUUUAGAAAAAGUCAAUUUUGCUAAAAAAAAAAUAUUUUAAAAAGAUUAUGAUAAAAAAUUAAGAAUAGAUAUAUAAAUUGGGACAUAUAUGCUUAUAUUAAGCAAAAAAACAUGGGAUUGAUACAAUUUUUCUUAGUAAGAUGUUUAGAUCUCAAGAUGUCAAAAUCUUAAAAUCCUUGAAGUAAGCCUUGAUUUUAAAUCUUAAAUCAGAAUACCGUAUUUUUUGGACUAUAAGGUGCACUUAAAACCCUUUAAUCUUCCCAAAAAUCACCAGAGAGCCUUAUAAUUUGGUGCACUAUAUGUAUAAGUUCUACCAGUCAGGUAUUAAGGAGCAGUAAAGCCACUCUGCUGAAGUACAGAGUUAUACAGGAGUUUCAAUGAAGUUUCUCCAGCACUAAGGCUGGAGCAGCAACAUUAGCAUUAGCUGCUAACCGCAGCGCUAGAUCAUUCAACUUUUAGAGGUGAGUAUAUCAGACUGUAGUCUGCAUGAUUACUGUGUUAAAACAAGCUACGUGAGACAAACCACUAAUAGCAGCUAAUGCUAAUGCUGCUGCACCCAGCCUUAGUGCUGGAGAAACUUUACUGAAAACUCACCCUUAAACAAAAUAUUGGAAAUCUAAGCUUACUGUAAUUAAAUGGAAGCGCUUUACUUACACAAAUCUGUGUAGAUUAACAUCCAGCGCUCAUUUGACUUUAAAAUAAUGUUUUUAAAUUAUUAUUAUUAUUACAGUUUUGUUUACUUAGGCACUUCCUCCAGCUUCACCAUUAGAAAGGAAACAUGGCGACACCCUUGCUCACUUCGAUGUAGGCAUCCUUACUAGUGUCGCUUAACACGCCUUAGAAUCCGGUGCACCUUAUUUAUGAAAAUAGACCAGAAAAUAGACGUUCAUUGAUAAUGCGCCUUAUAAUUUGGUGCUCCUUAUAGUCUGAGAAAUACAGUACCUUAACUGAAGACUUGUGCUUGUGCUUAUUGUGAACGAGGUGAAAAUUCUAAGUGAGACUAAUUAAGGUCAAUCUAACACUUAUAACGCCUAUAAGAUGCACUGGCUUGACAUGACUAAGAUAUAGAGUUCUGAGUUCAUGUGCUGUGUUCACAUAUGCACUUUAGAUGCUAAAAUGAUCCAAAACUAUGUGAAAAUGCAGUAAACAUAGCUCAUUUUCAAUUUUCAGUAGGUGUUUAUUGCUCAUUGAUGACAAUAACAUUUAAUAGUAUUAUUAUUAUUAAUAUGAUAAGUGAUUCCAGUAGAUAACAGUCGAGUACAGGCCAGAUAAUUGCAGUUACACUGGAGGACAGACUGCAUACUACAAGCUGAGCGAUUGCAUAAUCUGUGUUUUGAGCCACUGCACGCAGAAUAACAGGAAAUGCAUGGGCAGCCAGCGUUUGAUGUUUUAUUUAAUCGCACUGUCGAAGCAGAUGGUUCUCCCCAACAGAAACUGUCCAGGAGCCAAAGCCUGCGGGCCCCAGAUUCAGCAGCCCUACUUUAGCAGAGCGCUACAGUGCUCCUUAUACCACAAGACCUGGUUUUGCUUCCCCCUGAGGGGCAAAACUUCACCCCCUUCACACAGUUCACACACUUCACAGAGAGCGUGCCCACCGAAAGAUCGGUUAUCAUCAACUGUAGACAGAUAAACAUCUGCCAUUCUGACCGCAGAAGGGGGUUUCUGAAAUGGUAAAUACAGUCAUCAUCAAAAUAUAGUUGCACCAGAAGGAAGUGUUGUGUUUCAAUGAUAUUUGGUCGGAAGGUGAGGGUUUACAGACAAUAAAUGCUAAACAAUAAAUGCUAAAAAGAAAAAGAAUUUAGACUGAUAUGGGAAAUAUUUAUUGAGCAACAGACGUCAGAUGUCUCAGUAUGGAGUGAGUUGUAGAGGUUCCUAAUGGAGUCCUGUGAUAAUCUGUCCCAUUUAGAAGUGGAUAGAGUGUUGAUAAAGCAGUCUAAUAGCAGCAUCCCUCAAUUUUUUAAUCAGAAAUAGGUCUGAUAGCAGGACAUGGCCAUGUAAAGGUGUCUUCAAAGCAAACAAGCUCUUCAGAUAGCAGCAGGAAGUGGAUGAGCAGUGUCCUGUUGGAACAGCUGGAGUGUGCAUUCAGAAAAGCUAGGGACUGAUUGUUGAAGCUCAUUAAUGAAAUGAUUGAUUAGUCGUCAAAAACCUUACGAAAUUGCACCCAACACCAUAACACCAGGCCUUCUGGAUGUGUGUAAUCUUUUAAGUAAGUAAGCAUUUUCUCCUAGACAAAAGCGUAACUCGUCACUGAAGAGAUGACCCUAAGAGUCACAACAUGGCACAAUAUCAUUGCAGUGUUUGGUGACAUUGUCCUGCAUCAUGCAGCCGUCUGCCAAUAGUGCUGGCACUAACAAAAUGAAUCAUUGAAGGCAUCAUUGCUCACUAAAUUUCCUCAAUCAUGAUGUAUAGGCCUUUCUUCUAUCUUCAGGGUCACCAAUAGUGUGCUAGGAUUAUGGUUAGGCCCUAGUUCAAUGAUCCAACUCUUCUGAAACUCUUUCACCUGCUGGAAUUGCUUUUAAACUCUUCUUCGAGGCUUUGUGCUUUGUUUAUACAGCUGGACCACCUUAAAUAGUCAGUCAGGUACAUGAUAAGCCCCUCCUUACUUAUAUCACAUGCAAGGCUAAGCACAUAACUUGAAUUGUUUGCUAUUAUCUUCCAAUAUCAGACCAAAUCACCAAGUUUCUUUCCUUUCAGUUAAUUUCUUCUGGGUGCAACUGUGUUUUGAGGAUGAUUGUAUAUAGACCAUGUCUGUUUUAAUUGAAUUCAAAGCUAAGCAUUAUGUCUAGCAUCCUGUGUACAUUUGUGGUAAAUGAUCUUAAUACGUUUUAAAAAAUUAUAUUUUAUAUUCUGCCCAUCUUUGGUUGCCGUAUUGAGAAAAGACAGCUAAACAAAGCUUUUCUAAUUGCUAUUUUUCCUCCUUUCUUAUUAUGUAAAGCCGAGUACCAAACUUGUGAUCUUGUGUAAACUGUGUACUAUUUACUUCCAGUUAAUAUUGUACCCAUGGUUUAAAAAUGUGAAUUCCUUGUAUAUCUACUUGUAAAUAACUGUAGUAAAAAUACUUGCACUACUUCACAGUGUUGCCAAGUCUGAUGAGCUUAAAUAAUGCGAACAGCUUUCCUAACUUGCUUGAAUUUUUCUUAGAAUGCAAAAAGCAUCAUUCCAUUCACUGUAAUUACACUCACCCUCUGGCAGUAUUUAAUGCAACAAAAAACACAACUUCACAUUGUUUUAUUAAUGUAACAAAAGUGUUAAAAAAUUAAAAUGUCAAUAAAUUAAUAUUGAAACUA